AAAUAAACCCAAACAAGUAUAUAUAAACAUCACAUAACACAACCUUCGUUGGAGCUCUCUCAAAUUGAUCAAAUUGAUUGAAUGAUUCCCAAAUUGUUCUGCAAAAUUGUCUGGAAUCGUGUGAAUGUCAAACCCUAAUUUAUCCCUCUAUAACGCCUCGAAGCAGUACAUCACAGAACCCCCAAUAAGCAGUAAAAUCGCGAGGAUUUCUCAAUGGCCCACUCCCGAAAACUCGGGGUGCAACAGCUUAUGGCGCGAGGCGGCCCUGAUUGUACCUUCGGCUUUGCUGGUGUUGUACAUAGGAUUUCAAGCGAGACGCAACGUGAAGAAGCUCAUGCAUAGGAAGUCCUAUGUGAUGAUCGCGUAUUACGCCCUCUUAUGGGUCUCAGCUCUGCUAAAUUUGGCGUGGUCUAUGGUUCAGGGAUGGCAGUGUGCUCUUGACAAGGCAAUUGCUUGGAACUUGUUGUCAUUAUUCACAGAAUGUGGGAUGCUAUCUUUGGAGAUUAGCAUAGUGGCUUUCCUGCUCCAGGAUGAUUAUGCAAAUGGAUUAGAAGCACUUGCUCAUAUUUUCCGUAUUUCGGGUUCCGUUGUAGCUGUUGAUUUACUUGUCCAGGCAAUCUUCAUAUUUGGAUUUGGAGUAUCUCUCUUCAUUAACAGUGAUGCUACACAGUGGGGAAAGUGGAGUGUAUUGUUCUUUCACUUAUUGGUGCUUGCAUCGGUCUAUUGCUACAUACUAUUCGUUCAUUAUUCAAAGUGGAGGGAUAAGUUGCCACCAAGGCCAUCAUUCUACAACUAUGUUGUCGUCAUGUUCAUAGUAAAUACUGCAGGAGUAUUUGCUAGUGGACUGGCUGGAAUUGGUUUUGGCUUAGGAUUUUGGUUGUACAAUUUCAUGAUUAUCUGCCGGCACUCCCUUUAUCUUCCUUUCCUGUAUGCAAUUUUCCUCGCUGACUUUUUCCAGGAGGAAGAUUGGCUUUUGGAUAAUGAGUAUUAUUCAGAAAUGAAAGAUGCUGGUUUUUUCGAUUCUGAGUGGGAUUAGUGUAUUGCUUUUUCUGUAGGCUUGUAAAUAAACAUUGGCUAAAUCUACAUCCUGUAUCUUUAAAUGUAAGCCAAGAUGUAGUGUAGAUUUCCAUUACACAAUUACUAACACGAACUCAUAAAACUGAAGUGGUUAUUUUAACAGUAGCAGAAAAUAAUAGUGAAACACUGAGACCCUAGCAUAGCAUUUGACUCAAACUCACUAAUAACCAUCCAAAAUUAAUAUUUCAAGUAAUCAAACAAUAUUUUCAUAGGUCUUUUCAUUUGAGAAUGUAACUAGUGUAUUUUGUAUUUUUUCG